AUGUUCUCUAUAUAAAAAUUCAUAAUAUAGAUUUUGUUUGGAUAUUGUCUAACAGAAUAGAAGGUUUAUCGUUUCCUCUCUACCACAGCAAUUUUAAACGCUUUGAAACAGCCAGCAGAAUUAAAUAUAUUACACUACAUCAAUAAGAGCUUAAUGAAAAUACUUUAAUUGUAGUAAUCAUGGAAACAACUACGAAUAUUGUUAAUCCCUUAUUACAGAGUUUAGCAUAAAUUGAAAAUCUAAGAUGAUUAGAAUUAUAUAGGGCAUAUUUUUGUGAAUGACUUUAAUAGACUAAAAACGUGCUCUUUCGCAAUUUAGAAUAGCCGAAAUUAUUUAUAAUAGAAGUCAAAUUCGUUUGAAUUAUCUAGCCUUGAUAUCAAUUAAAGUAUUCCCAUCCCAUAUUUGGAAAUAAAAAUAAUAUAAAAUUAUCACAUAUGCAAAACCUUUUGA